AUGGUUCUUGAGGUAGAAACUACACUUUUACAAAAACUGGGUGAUCAGGAAAAAAUUAUAGAAAAAAUAAAUACAGAACCUGUUGUUGAGGUUACAGGGACUGCAGAACACCAACCGGUUGAAACUGAAUCAAAAAAACACAAGGUAAAAACUGAAAUCCUAUGUAACCUUAAAAAAUUCAUAGGUCUGUACCAAGGAACGGACCCAAAGAGAAGAGAUAAACUUCCGAAAAUCAGACCAAACUUAAAAACUAAAGAAAGAAUCGACAUUAUCAAUAAAGAAAUGAUAAAUUUACUCGAAGAAAGCGACUCCAUCUCAAAAACGCAGUGUCUGAUAUACUGCGGAGCGCUAACGGUAAUACAACACAUGGGUAUAAAAAUACAAAAACAAACAUUAAGAACAGAACGAAAAGAUCCUCGAUGGAAAAUAAGAUUGGAAACAAACAUUAAACAAAUAAGGAGGAAAUUGACGAAAAUAUGCGCUUCCGACAAAGGAAAUCUAAGUGCAAAAGAUGUGAAAAGGAUUCUAAAAGUUAAAAACAUCAAAGGUGGUGACAAAAAUUACAACGAAAAGUUAGCAGUCUUUAACCCUUGGGUAGUGACGUGCGAAGUUGUCGCAUAA